AUGGCACGCAGACGGAUGGGCAAGGGGAUCGAGCUGCAGACGAUACGGGAUUCAUGGUGCUAUAGGGCAUACAUGAUGCGGAGUGCGGGCACGCUGCAUGCCACUAUUGGGUUAGGGAGAGAGGCCUGCAACGCUUGGGCUGGUGCGAGGACUGAGCACCAGACGCACGACGGGAGCAUCACGGUGGUGGUGAAGCCGUCGUCGAGGGCGGUUGCGGGCGUGGGACGCACUCGAGGGCAGAUUGCCAUGUCCAGCGCGUCCAGCCAGGGCAGGAGCGGCCAGCGGCCGGGCAGGCAGGCGCUACCCGCGCCGAGGUCGCCGCUGGCGCAUCGCAGGUCCACACGCCCACGGCCUGAUUCAGCGACGACGGCGACGGCGCUCGUCUGCGCUGCCAUUGCCAGUUGGAUGCACGCUCGAGCUGCCAUGACGACGCGGCGCGCCGGGGCAGCGCCAGUGGCCGCGCCGACGCUGAGGUUCGCGCCGGCAGCGAACCCUGCACGCAUCGUCCCAUUUCCACAUGGCUGUCUGCUUCCUUCGGCGCCCACGACGCUCUCGUCGCGUCCAGACGCCAGCUCAACGCGUCGCCGCCGCCCGCACGUGCGCGCCCAACGACGUCGCUUGCGAGCCGGAGGCCCUUUGCAGCUGAGCAAGCAACUGGUGCUGCGCGCCCCAGCAGCGCACCCAUCCCAAUGGCUCGCGCAUCCGCAUCCACGCCGCGUCGUCUGCGACGAGAUGCGCGCAAGGAGCAUGGGUCGGAUCGUCUGGGCGGGCGGCUGAUGCUGCGCUGGCCAACAAGCUUAAACCCUCCCGCCGACCCCCAUGCCCUUCCCACCGCCCCGGGACUGCUCGCCACAGCGCACGCAAAUCGGCCCUCGACGACCGCGCACGCAAGCACCAGCGCUGCUCUGCCGUGCGUCGGCCCAGCCUGUCGCGGCCGCCGCCGCGCCGCCGUCCCCAGGCAAGCUGGACGCGCGCACGCGAGCGCUGCGGGCGGCCCAUACAGCGCAACGACUUAACACGCUGCGCUAUGAUUUGCGCCCUGGCCCGUGUGCGACCGGGUCCUCGGAGCCCUCAGCCUCUCCCCCGAUAACUAUGA